UUUUGUUUUGUUUUGUUUUGUUUUAAAGAGAAAGGGGCAAUGCCGCAGUCUGUAUUGGUGAAGAGCGGCAGAUAGUAGGCAAAGAAGAUAAUUUCUAUUUCAAACCACUCAUUCAUUUCAACCGCUAAAACACCAAAAACCAGGGGAAGAAGAAGUAGGAAAUGCCCACCUUGAAUUUAUACACCAACGUACCUGUGGACGCCGUCACCACCUCUGACAUUCUUAAGGACGCCACCAAAGCUGUUGCCAAAAUCAUCGGCAAACCUGAAUCUUACGUGAUGAUUUUGGUUAAUGGCGGAGUUCCCAUGGCAUUUGCUGGGACGGAGGCCCCUGCUGCUUAUGGAGAAUUGAUUUCUAUUGGGGGCCUUGGACCUUCUGUUAAUGCCAAAUUGAGUUCAACUGUCGCUGAUAUUCUUCAAACCAAGCUCUCAAUUGAUAGCUCCCGCUUCUACAUCAAAUUCUAUGAUGUUCAGCGGUCAUUCUUUGGAUUUAAUGGUUCGACUUUCUGAUGAAUGGCUGAAAAAGCAUCCGGGGUCCAAGUCAGAAUCAUAUAUGUGCUGGAAUGAUUUGUUUUUAUCAAUUGAAGAUCUCUCUCUCUCUCUCUCUCUCUCAAGACGUUCCUCCCUUAAGAAAUUGUUAACUUUCUGAGUAACUCAUCAAAUGUAGAAUUGCCACUAUGGAAAGCGUUGCAAGCUGAAUCAGGUGCUUUCUAAAUGUUAUGAUGAUUAGUUAAAAACCAUGGAAGUGAACCUCAAGUAUAAGUAAUUCUUAUGAUUAUAACACCAAAUUCCAAACACAUUUCAUCAUAUUUUUAUUGUAAUAGAAAUAUAUGUGUAGGUGUGAUUGUUGGAUACAAGUAUGGUAUGGUAAGUUUUCUUAUUGAAUAUAUUUAACAAAAUAGAUCUGUUGUACUAA